UUAUAUCAAUGACAGGUGGUGACACGUAGUGACAAUUCGAUCAAUUAAAUUUGUUACAGUCGUAUGUAGUAUAUUUGCACGUAUUUUUCAUUAAUUAAAAUAGAAUAUAAAUAUGUUGAGGUUACGUCUUUCUCCAAAUGCUCCAAAAAUAUUCAAACGCAAUAUUGGAAUAUUAGCACCUGCUCUUCAGAAAGCAACUGAUCCCAUUCAACAAUUGUUCAUAGAUAAAAUUCGUGAAUACGCUAAUAAGAGUCAGGGUGGAAAAUUAGUUGACCCGACUCCAGAUAUUGAAAAGGAAAAAAAAGCUGAAUUAGAAAAACUCGCUAAUCAGUUUGGUUGUGCUCCUGGUACAAAAAUGUCUGACUUCCCAUCAUUUAAGUUUACUGAUCCGCCAGUAGAAGUAGGUCUAGCAAAAAAUUAAAUAUACUAAUAUGAUUUUCAAGUAGAAAAUGUAUCUAUAAAAUCAUUCAAUAUCUUAAAAUUUUCAUUGUAAAAAGAUAUAUAUAUAUAUAUACAUAUAUACAUAUAAAUAAUAAAUAAAUAAUUUAAGAAAACUUGAAUU